AUGAUUAUUUUAACAAUAAUUGAAGCAGUUGUUUCUGCAACAUUUGGUGCUUUAGUUGUAGCCAGCAGUGGAGCACUUUUAACUCAUCAAAAAAUCUUUAAUAACGAAUUCACAAUGACAUUAUCUAAAGUAGUUGAAAGAAUGUUUCUUCCAGCUAUGAUUUUUACUAAUUUCCUGAAAACAGUAACUUUAGAUUCAUUAUUCGGACUUAUUCCAACAAUAUUGACAACAUUAUUUUGUAUCCUAUGUGGAUAUUUGAUAGGAGUUGUUAGUAACAAAUAUUGGAUUAAAAAAGAAAAUCUAAACUCUAUCAUAGUCUUAUCAGCUGCUAAUCCUCAUACUAUAAAUAUAUAAUUAUAAAUAGCUUAUGGUUUAACAACAUACUUUUCAAAGAUAACAGGUCAAUCUGAGAAAGAAACUGAAUCUAAGCUUGUUACAAUAAUAAUAAUAUAGACUGUAAUAGUUAAUGCUUUCAGAUGGUCUAUAGGAAAGAGAAUAAUGCAAUAACAUAAAGUCACUGAACAAUAAUCUGAAGUGGAACUCUUAACUCUUAAGAUUGCAUAACCACAAUAACAAUUAUAAAUUAAUCAAAAUAAAAAAUAAGAAUCCUCUUUUUGGAAUCCUCCACUCAUUUCAGUCAUAGUCUCUUUAUUAUGUUUACCUAUUUAAAAUCAAUUGAUUAAUGAUACAUUUAUACAUAGAGCCCUUUUCUUACCAUUAUAAACAAUUUCAAGAGCCUGUCCCCCUUCUGUUUUAAUGAUAUUGGGAAGUAAUCUCUAUUUAAUAUAUUUUAAAAACACGUAAAAAAAAGAGAAUUUAAUUACUAUUCUUUUAAUUGUUGCUAACAGAUUAAUAUUAUUACCUAUGAUUGGAUUAUCAACAGUUUUGUUUUUAAAUUGGUUUGGUAUAAUGACUGAUAUAUGCGAAUUAUUCAUUUUGUUUAUUACUUUUUGUACUCCUUCAGCAAUCACUAUCUUAGUUAUGGCAAAACAAUAUCAAUAGCAAUUAGAAGAUGUAGUUUCAUUAAUCCUCUUUUAUGGAUAUAUAUUAUGCAUUAUAACCCUACCUGUUUGGAUGACAAUAUAUCUUGCAAUUUUUUAACCAAAAAAAUGA